UCUCCCACAGCGCCGAACAAGACGCUGGGCGGUGAUUGGCUGCUAAGUGGGGCGUCCAGCUGUGACGUAAGUCGCUAGAGUAAAGAUGGCGGCGGUGACCAGAGGCUCCUUUACUGUGUUCAGACAGCUGCUGACUCAUCAGUACCGGUGUCGAUGUUUCCGGCUGCAGAGCUUCAGGUCCGACCGAACCAUUCGGCCUCUGAGCUUCAGAUGGGAGCCAAGCCUCCAGGUGUUGAGCAGCAGGACCCUGCACUCCUCCGCCGUGAAUCGAGGACCAAUCGUGUCGUUCAAACUGUCCGACAUCGGAGAGGGAAUCAUGGAGGUGACGGUGAAGGAGUGGUACGUGAAGGAGGGGGACAAGGUGUCCCAGUUUGACAGUAUCUGUGAGGUCCAGAGCGACAAGGCCUCCGUCACCAUCACCAGCCGUUACGACGGAGUCAUCAAGAAGCUCUACUACGACGUGGACGCAACCGCAUUGGUGGGGAAGCCGCUGGUGGACAUCGAGACAGAGUCCAGUUCAGAGGUGAUCCAGGAGGAGGACGUGGUGGAGACGCCCGCCAUGGCUCGAGAAGAACACACCCACCAGGAGAUCAAAGGGCACAAGACUCAGGCCACGCCCGCCGUUAGGCGCCUCGCCAUGGAGAACAACAUUAAGCUCAGUGAAGUGGUGGGGACGGGGCGAGACGGACGGCUCCUGAAGGAGGACAUCCUGAACUUCCUGGCGAAGCAGACCGGAGCCAUCAUACCUCCGACCCUGUUCCUGGAGACCCAGACUCCGCCCUCUGCUGCUGCCAGGCCUGUGAGAACUACGGCAGCCAUCAAACCUCCACCCGCCACACCCAAACCUGUCUUCACCGGGAAGGACGUCACUGAGCCCCUCAAAGGUUUCCACAGAGCGAUGGUGAAGACGAUGACGGCGGCGCUGAAGAUCCCUCACUUUGGUUACUGUGACGAAGUGGACCUGAGCCGCCUGGUGUCUCUGAGAGCUGAACUCCGACCCCUCGCAGAAGGUCGGGGGGUCAAACUGAGCUUCAUGCCCUUCUUCAUCAAGGCCGCCUCCCUCGGCCUCCUCCAGUUCCCCAUCCUCAACUCCUCAUUGGACGAAAGCUGCCAGAACAUCACGUACAAGGCGUCUCAUAACAUCGGCCUGGCGAUGGACACCGUUCAGGGUCUGCUGGUUCCCAACGUGAAGAACGUUCAGCUGCUCAGUGUGUUCGACAUCGCUCAGGAGCUAAACCGCCUGCAGAUGCUUGGAACCGCAGGCCAGCUGGGAACCAACGAGCUGAGCGGAGGAACCUUCACCCUGUCCAACAUCGGAUCAAUCGGAGGGACGUACGCUAAACCGGUCAUUCUUCCUCCUGAAGUCGCCAUCGGAGCUCUGGGGAAGAUCCAGGUUCUCCCUCGGUUCGACGCCGGCGGUCAGGUGGUCCGAGCUCACCUCAUGAACGUCAGCUGGUCGGCGGAUCACCGCAUCAUCGACGGAGCCACCAUGAGUCGGUUCUCCAACCUGUGGAGGGAAUACCUGGAGAACCCGGCCAGCAUGAUGCUGGACCUCAAAUAAGAGAGGACUAUUUCCCAUCAGCCCCUGGGAGACCUUCACUUCUCCUCCCGCCGCCUUCGCUUCGUCUUUCUGUUGGAGGCCUUCUUGUUCACUCGCUGUCGUUUCCUUGUUGCCUUUGAGCAAGGCAGCGGGAGGAGGAGGAGGGGUCAUCCUGUCUAUCAUGUUGUUUCCAUGACGACCAAUACCACACACAGUGGAGGUUUGAGUAGUUAGUCUGUUUCUAAUGUUUCAGGAAAUCAAUUACAAAUUAUGACCCGUUCUAAAUGCCAUCAGUAAAUCCAGUUGACAGGCUGGGAACCGGAGAACCGGUCUACGGGCGGCCUUUUCGGUCUUCAUUGAUCCAGAUCCGAGUGUUGUCACCGAAACAUCUGGAGCUGGCUGUGGAUCCAGGACCUGGUCUGAGAUCAGUUGGUAAAGUGAAACAUUGAAAACAGCAGAACUUCUGUAACCAAACGUUCUCACGGUUCUCACUGUUCCUUAAACAUCUCAGAGUCCAACAGUGAAUUGAUGAAGUUCUGUGUGUUUUUAAAUCAUAUUGAUCUGUAGCUCCUGGUUUGAGGGGUCUGUGGAUGCAAAUGAGGCGGGCAGAGCCAGCAUACCUCAUGUCAUGUGACCAAAUGAUUUUAUUUAUCAGCAGAACAGAAUGUGAUUCACGUCUCUGAGGUUUUUAAAAAACAAGCUCAGUUAAACUAUUGAUUAAUGAAUUGAUUCUGGUUCUGAUCAGUUGGUCUGACGUCAGAAAUCAACUUAUUAACAAAUAAUGAAAAUGUAUCAAUCAAUAGGAAGGUCCUCUGCUUCUGGCUCAGACCCUCCUUUGAGUUUCUCUCCUCUGUACUGGAUCAGAACCAGUUUCUCUCCUCUGUACUGGAUCAGAACCAGUUUCUCUCCUCUGUACUGGAUCAGAACCAGUUUCUCUCCUCUAUACUGGAUCAGAACCAGUUUCUCUCUAUACUGGAUCAGAACCAGUUUCUCUCCUCUGUACUGGAUCAGAACCAGUUUCUCUCCUCUGUACUGGAUCAGAACCAGUUUCUCUCCUCUGUACUGGAUCAGAACCAGUUUCUCUCCUCUAUACUGGAUCAGAACCAGUUUCUCUCUAUACUGGAUCAGAACCAGUUUCUCUCCUCUAUACUGGAUCAGAACCAGUUUCUCUCUAUACUGGAUCAGAACCAGUUUCUCUCCUCUGUACUGGAUCAGAACCAGUUUAUCUCCUCUAUACUGGAUCAGAACCAGUUUCUCUCCUCUGUACUGGAUCAGAACCAGUUUCUCUCUAUACUGGAUCAGAACCAGUUUCUCUCCUCUAUACUGGAUCAGAACCAGUUUAUCUCCUCUGUACUGGAUCAGAACCAGUUUCUUUCCUCUAUACUGGAUCAGAACCAGUUUCUUUCCUCUAUACUGGAUCAGAACCAGUUGCUUUCCUCUAUACUGGAUCAGAACCAGUUUAUCUCCUCUGUACUGGAUCAGAACCAGUUUCUUUCCUCUAUACUGGAUCAGAACCAGUUUCUCUCCUCUAUACUGGAUCAGAACCAGUUUCUCUCCUCUGUACUGGAUCAGAACCAGUUUCUCUCCUCUGUACUGGAUCAGAACCAGUUUAUCUCCUCUAUACUGGAUCAGAACCAGUUUCUCUCCUCUAUACUGGAUCAGAACCAGUUCUGGUCUCAAGGGUCCGUCGGUCCUCUGCUGAGUCUCAACGUUCAUGAUAUGAAUCUGAAGUGACGUUUGUAAAUAAUCCAAAUUCUUGGUGGUCUGGUUCCGAGGCUGGUGGGAAUGAGGUCUCUGUAGACCUGAUCCCCCUCGUGGUCUGACCCGUCUGUUACAGAACCUGUGAAUAAUCUCUGGAGUUGGUUGAAUGUUUCUCUUCCUGCUUUGUUUUAGUUUCUAGCGACCGACUAAAUGUAAAACUGUAAAAAAAAAGUAGUUUUUUGUAUUUUUGGGAACGGUUGAACCUGAAGAACGAUGAAUAAAGUUGAAGUGCACAAA